AUGGCUAUCUUCAAGUCCGUCGAGGAGAAUGUCUCCUCUCCUGACCGAGUCGACGAUACUCUCCCCGAUGUCGCUCCACCCCCGCUCCACCGGGGCAAUGUCUUCACCAGGAUCCAUCGAGAUCCAUGGUUCCAGAUCGUCUUGAUUUCCUUCAUUGCCUUCUGUAAUCCUGGUAUGUACAAUGCCCUCACGGGCAUGGGCGGCUCAGGCCAAGUCGACAGCACCGUUUCUGCGAAUGCCAAUGUGGCCACGCACGCCGCUACAGCUGGUGCGGCUCUUGUCGUAGUCGGGACUCUAUACAAAUACCUCGGGCCCCGUUUGUCGCUUCUCAUUGGUGGCUGGACCUAUGCGUUGUACGCGGGAGCCUUGCUGAACUCCAUCCGAGUGAAGGACGGUGGGCCCUUUGUGAUUGCCUCGGGAGCGCUGCUCGGUCUGGGCGCGGCAUUCUUCUGGGUGGCUCAGGGUACGAUUAUGGUGACCUAUACCAAUGAUCAAACGCGCGGUCGGGCUAUUGGCGUCUUCUGGGUGAUUUUCAAUUUGGGCGCGACAAUUGGCUCGCUCGCCAGUUUUGGACUUAACUACCACUCUACGUCUGGAACGGUCACCGAUUCGACCUAUAUUGCGUAUAUGGUUAUCAUGCUUUUCGGCUGGUCAUUGUCCAUCUUCGUUUGCUCGACGGAGGGUCUCUCCGAGAAGUAUCACGGUCAUCGCAUUGCCCCGGGGUCGAAAUCGUUCAACUUUGCGAACUUGAGAGCGACAGUGAUCCAGGUUCUUCGAAUCAUCUUUGACUGGAGGAACCUCUGCCUGUACCCGAUGUUUUACAACGCCAAUGUCUUCUAUUCCUACCAGCAGAAUGACGUGAAUGGCUUGACAUUUAACCUCCGCACGCGAUCUCUCAACGGCGCGCUCUACUGGAUUGCCCAAAUGGUGGGCGGGCUCCUGAUGGGACUUAUACUCGACCUUCCUAAUCUCAAUCGUCGGACACGCGCUAUUACUGGAUGGGCCAUCCUUUUUGUGACCGGAAUGGUGAUCUGGGGCGGUGGAUACCGGUUCCAGGUAUGGGACGACAAACGCCUAGCGCUGGGGUUGAAACAAGAUAUCGACUACAAAGACGGCAGCAUAUUCCUGGGUCCCAUGUUCCUCUACUUCUUCUAUGGAGCCUAUGAUUCCUUUUGGCAGGCGUUCUGCUACUGGAUUAUGGGUGCCCGGUCGCGUGAUCCGGUGGUCAACGCAGUUGUGGUUGGAGCAUACUCCGCUCUGAAGCCUGCGGGCGGGGCUAUGGCUUGGAGAAUCAACGCGGAGAAGAUCAAUCCGAUGACGCAGUUUGCAAUGAACUGGGGCCUCAGUAUCGGUAGUUUGUUGGUGGCCGUUCCCACUGUGAUCACAAUCCGGAAGUUUGACAAAGACUUGGAUGACGACACGUCGGUUGACCAGGCUGGAGAGCCUGAGAAAAAUUAA